AUUUCAUAAGUAGGUUUCGAACUUGACGGUUUGUUUGGUAAAUAACGGAAAGUGUUACUUUUUGAAGGAAAAAGUAUAAUAAUUGUUCGUAUUUUAUGUGAAAUCCGUUAUUUGUGUGUUGUACAAGUAUAUGUUAAUGUUAUUGUGUUGAAAUAAUGGAUUCGUUCACAGAAAAUAUCUUGGCUAGGGCUAGAGAACGACAGAAGCUUUUAAACGAAUACUCCGAUAACGAGAAAGGAAGUCCUUUACGCGAGACCAACAGUGAAAUUAACUUAAAAUCAUCCUCACAAAAUAGCUUGAACGAAAUUAAAAAAUUAAGCAGAAAACAAGUUGUUUCAGACACGCAAUUAAUGCUUAGUAAUGACAAAGUAAACACUGCUAUCAAAGAGAAUUUAUCAGAGAACAACUUAUCGAAAUUUAAGAGGCAAACUAGCAAAACUAGAAUCUCCACUGACAUGCCUGGAUCUCCUAAACCCUCUUUGAAAACUUUAAAUAUACAGAGGGACAAUAUUAAUAUGGAGAUUAAAUUGACUUCAUCUGAUAAUGUUAGGGUUGAGGUGGAGAUUGAGGAGAAAGAUGAGAGUGAUAAUGAGAGUAUUGCUAGUGACCACUCAGGUUUACGAGAGGAUGCUAAAAAGAGGUUGAAUCGGUUGGGACAGUUGUAUGCAGGUGGUGAUGAUGCUGGAAUUUCCUCGCCAAUUCACAAAUCUGAGGCUAAAUUUCAUGAAAUGCAUGAAGAAGAAAGUGUAAAAAAAGUAUCAAAAACCACUGAAUCAAAAUCUGGCAGAAAAGGUCUUAGUAAGUUGGCUGAUUUGGCAAGCCAUAUUAAUGAAUUUGAGGAUGACCUAACCCACAUGGCCCUAACAAAAGAAUCAAAAUCGCCAUCCAAGAAAACGUGGAAGCAUCCAGCACCUCAACCCCCCACUGAAAAUUCUCCGUUAAAAGUUAAGGGUAAAGCACCCAACCCUCCAAAAAAUAACGACCCUCCCAAAGCGGCUUCAAUAUCUUCUAGCCCCACUAAAAGUAGUUUAAGUGCACCAAGAGUGCAGGGUGCAACUCCUAAACAAAUCAAGUGGGAUCAAACAGUAUUGGAUACAUUGGAAUCACAGGGUUUUACGCGUACCUCCUCCAGUUCGCGCUUAGUAUACUCAUAUAAUUCGCAGGAAAAUGUAAAUAAAAAAGAUGAAACAAAAAAAUCCAAACCGGAAACUGUCAGAGAAGAACCGGAAAAAGGUAGCAACAAAAUCGCGGAAAUUCAGGCAAACUUUAACGGCGGCGGCAAAACCCCUUCCUCCCCCACAAAAUGCCCUCGAAGCCCCGUAAAAUCCAAAGGCGUUAUUUCCGGCAGAGCCGCGUUCUUCGAAAGUGCCGCAAAUAGCCCCAACAAACCUACAAAGGACCCAGCCUUGAUGUCGGUAUCUGAACGCAUGGCUCUGUUCGAGAAAAACAAAGGCGCCGCCUUGGUCCCCAAAGCCGCCUUCGGAAUGUCGGCCCCUGUAAGCGACGCAAAGCAAAACACCAAACCUGCAUUAGCCGCGAAAUCGGGGGAAAAGGCGUCGGGCGGUAAGAAAUACCCGGCGCCCAAACCGCCCACCGUCGCGCAAGUUCACAAUCCGCCCACCGUAGCGGCGGUGAGUCAAGCUGGCGGUAUCGCCAGCAAGAUGGCAGCACUGCUCGAAGGGAAGAGCACGAUUUCGGAAGGUCAGAUUUCAAGCGGUAUUAAGGAGCAAAGGCAGAAGGAGAUGGACAUGUUGUUAAACAGAUUUAACAAAAAUAAAGAGGUGGCUAAUGUUCAAGAAGAAAGUUCCGAUGAAGAUGAAAUGGAUGCGAAUGAAGAAACUGCAAUGUUAUGUGAGAGAAAAUCAACAAAAAUUGUUUCUUCUUCGAUGCCCCCUCCACCACCCGCUCCAGAGCAUAUUUACGUGGAAAGUAGGAAGAGUGGGGGUAAAAGAUCCAGCACUUCAUCGGAUCAAAUCGUCACAGCUGUGCUGGACGAAGUGAAAAGGAUCAAAGUUUCGCCCCCCAAGCACGGAAAACUCUACCCGAACCUGUCGGAUAUCGAGGCCUCCACGGAAACGGAAACUCAGACUCAAACGUCGGAUGACAGCAGAAAUAGCAGUUUUGGAAAUCAGUAUGACUCCGACGAUCCAAAUACAAGUUUUGGUCGCGAUCUUCUCGAAGCAGUUUGUAAAAACCAAACUCCUCAAAAAAGGCCAAUUUACGAUGAAAGCACCGCCAGCGACAUUUCAAGUGCACUUGAAGAACUUGAUUACUUAAACGACAUGGUAGAAGAUGACAUUGAAAGUUCUGGCCCAACUCCUCCAAAAAAUCUAAGGCAGUCACAAAAUUGUCAAGCUGCUCCAUCGCACUCGUUUAACUAUAAGAGUUUCACGCCUAACGUUAAGUCUCCAAAAUCUCAGUUCAGAUCUCCUAUGAAAGUUCCAUCUCCUAGGAAAUCAUUGGAGCAGCAGCAAUAUGUUAUGGAUGGGGACAAUAUGGUGCCCCUUACCCAUACUGUCAGUUUUUACAGAAAACAACAAACUCAACAAAAUAAGACUCCAGUGCGCCAAGUGACUAGACAGGCUCUGAUUGAGGAAGACGUCGAGAAAACCGAUAAAAAACAAUUAAAGGAAGUGGAAAAAAAAAUAAAGGAAUUAAACGAUGAAGUUAACAAGCAGCAAAUGAUAAUAUCGCAGACCAGCCAGGCAUUAAAUUUGUGCAAUUGUACGCCGGAAUUUUCGGGAUCCACUGAACAAGUCGAGGCUGAAAAAGUUUUGCUUGUUGCAACUCAUAGGAGACAAGCUUGUCUACACGAAAUUCAACGAAUGAAAGUCGAAGGUACCAUUCGCCCACAGGGCGAGCAUGCGCAAAACUUACCGUUAGAAAAAGGCGCGCUAACCAUAUCCAAUAUGGUACUGCCUCUGAAACAAAAAUAUGUUACCGCACUGGCAGCCACUGGUGGCAAAGGACACCACGUUGUUUGCCUCAUAAAAUGCGGAGAUCAAGUGGUUCCUACGAAGUUGGUGUCCACAGUGGCGGGCAGUAAGAAAAAUCCAGAGGUGGAUUUGUACAUUCCAGGGACGAUAAUCCUUAAAAAUGUGUAUAGCGAUUUAACGGUAACUUUUGAAGUUUACUGUCUGCAAGCGCAAGAAGAGUUUUUACCGCACGAGGUUAAAUACCACAUCAACAACAAAAAGCCCAGCAGCAAGAUGACACCAAAAAAAUCCAAACAGGACAGGUUACAAAGACCUAUUAAAGAAUCUCCUGCAGGUCCUCAAGCUGUUAGAUCCACAUCAUUUUCCCUUAUGGGAUAUGUUGUUUUUUCUGUACAGGCGGUGACAAAAAAACAUUGGUCAUUAAACAAUACCCCUUCAAUGAGUCCUCUGGAAGGCAUAGUAGAAAUGAAGAUAACAUGCGAUUUGGCAGUUUCUGUUGAACACCGCGGUUUUUUGACGAUGUUUGAAGAUGUCUCUGGGUUUGGUGCAUGGCACAGAAGAUGGUGUCUUUUAAAAGGACACACUUUAAGCUACUGGAAGUACCCUGAUGAUGAGAAAAAAGUGGCACCGAUUGAUACAAUUAGUUUGAAAAACUGUGUCACAAAACAGGUCGGGCCUGUUAGUAGGGAUAUAUGUGCGCGUUUGCACACGUUUUUACUGGAAAGGGAGAGGAUUGCUUAUCCACAGGAUAAAGAGACCUUAGUAAUGGUGCGAAAAGGGGAAAGAACUAUUAUAAGGCAUUUAUUGUCAGCAGAUACAAAAGAAGAAAGAAUUGAAUGGUGUUCAAAGUUCAAUGCUGCCCUGGCAGCCCUAAGAAUGUGGGGCAAUUCGGAACAUUGAUUUUUAAUCAUGUUUUUAUGCCUUUUUUAUUAAUUAUUGCAUAGACAAAAAUAUGUAUUUUUAUCCAUUAACUCUAUUUAAUCACGUUUACACAUAAAUAAUUUAAUAUAGCCCAUAUAUUUGCAUAGUUUAAUAAAUAUUUUUAUUCUUU